UGUCUUUAUUGCUGCAGUUUUCUCUGACAUCCGGGGGCUAUCGGAGUGUGGGCCGAAGCAGGCGCUGCAGCCGCAGAAGUAUCCCCAAGAACAUCCCCAGGAAGAGCUGGAAAAAGCUUCAUCCCCAGCUCUGCGGUCUUCAGGGUAGAGUCUGGCCCUCGUGCUCCCAAACCGCCAUACAGCCCCAGUGCUCAGGCCUCCCCAUCCUGGCAGAAGGAAUAGGACCGUUGGGGAAGGACCCCUUCUCAUAUCCGGGGAUCUUCCCCGUAUUCAUCUAGUCCCCAGAGGAUGAGUCAUGUCUGUAUUCCCACAGAGAGCAGGCUGUAGGGGAUUUAGGGGCUGUGUCUGGAUGGAGCCUGCGAGCAGGUACAGGAGGUCCCUUAGGAGGCCAACUGCCAUUCCAGCCAUCAUUCUGCGUAGGCGGCUCUCCAGCAGGAAUCUGGAUUCCCCUGAGCUGUGGAAGAACUGAAGUGGGGCAGCCCUUGACCAGCAGAGGAAGAACCAAUGCUGGAACAGCGCUGCAGGGGCCCCAUGGCCAUGGGUCCCGCCCAGCCGAGACUCCUUUCAGGGCCCUCCCAGGAGUCACCUCAGACCUUGGAGAAGGAGUCCAGCGGGCUGAGGCACCAGGGCACUAAACUGGCCCAGUCAGGCAAUCAAGCCCUAGGCAGGGCCCAUCGCUGUGCCCACUGUCGAAGGCACUUCUUGAGCUGGGUGGCCUUGUGGCUUCACACCCGAAGGUGCCAGGCCCGGCUCCCCGUGCCUUGUCCUGAGUGUGGGAAGCGCUUCCGCCACGCCCCCUUCUUAGCACUGCAUCGUCAGGUCCAUGCUGCUGCCACACCAGUCCUGGGCUUCACCUGCCACCUCUGUGGGCAGAGCUUCCGAGGCUGGGUGGCCCUGGUUUUGCAUCUGCGGGCCCACUCGGCUGCAAAGCGGCCCAUCGCUUGUCCCGAAUGUGAGAGACGCUUCUGGCGACAAAAGCAGCUUCGAGCACAUCUGCGGCGGUGCCACCCACCUGCUCCUGAGGCCCGGCCCUUCAUAUGCGGCAACUGUGGCCGGAGCUUUGCUCAGUGGGACCAGCUGGUUGCUCACAAGCGGGUGCACGUGGCUGAGGCCCUGGAAGAGGCGGCAGCCAAGGCUCUGGGGCCUAGACCCCGAGGUCGCCCUGCUGUGACCGCCCCGCGGCCCGGCGGAGACGCCGUGGACCGCCCCUUCCAGUGUGCCUGCUGCGGCAAGCGCUUCCGCCACAAGCCCAACCUGAUCGCCCACCGACGAGUGCACACUGGCGAGCGUCCCCACCAGUGCCCAGAAUGCGGGAAACGCUUCACCAACAAGCCCUACCUGACCUCGCACCGCCGCAUCCACACUGGCGAGAAGCCCUACCCUUGCACUGAGUGCGGCCGCCGUUUCCGGCACAAACCCAACCUGCUGUCGCACAGCAAGAUCCACAAGCGGUCCGAGGGCUCCACACAGGCCACCCCUGGUGCUGGGAGCCCCCAGCUGUCAGCCGUGGUGCUGGAUCCCUCGGCAGAGCCGGCCCCCGAGAAGAGUGCUCCGGAGCCCGUGGCGGAGCCUCCGCCCGAGGCCCCCCUGGAACCCCCGCGGGACCAGGCCGAGGCGACCGCGCCCCUCUACAGCUGCGACGACUGUGGGCGCAGCUUCCGGCUCGAGCGCUUCCUGCGGGCGCACCAGCGGCAGCACACCGGAGAGCGGCCCUUCACCUGCGCCGAGUGCGGGAAGAACUUCGGCAAGAAGACCCACCUGGUGGCGCACUCCCGCGUGCACUCUGGCGAGCGGCCCUUUGCCUGCGAGGAGUGCGGGCGGCGCUUCUCCCAGGGCAGCCACCUGGCCGCCCACCGGCGCGACCACGCCCCGGAGCGGCCCUUCGUCUGCGCCGACUGCGGCAAGGCUUUCCGCCACAAGCCCUACCUGGCCGCCCACCGGCGCAUCCACACCGGCGAGAAGCCCUACGUCUGCCCCGACUGCGGCAAGGCCUUCAGCCAGAAGUCCAACCUGGUGUCCCACCGGCGCAUUCACACAGGCGAGCGGCCCUACGCCUGCCCCGACUGUGACCGCAGCUUCAGUCAGAAGUCCAACCUCAUCACCCACCGCAAGAGCCACAUUCGGGAUGGCGCCUUCUGCUGUGCCAUCUGUGGCCAGACCUUUGACGACGAGGAGAGGCUCCUGACUCACCAAAAGAAGCAUGAUAUCUGAGAAGGGCAGGGGCUGUGGGCGACGGAGACAGGCCCCGGGCUCCUUCGCAGCAGGAGUGUGGCAGUGGGCCUGGGUAGCGCUCGCAUUGGAGCUGGUGGAGGAGACGGAUCCGAGUCUCCGAGUCUCCGAGUCUCCGGAGGGAUAGAAGAGUCGGGAGUGAACUGGGCCCUGUUAGUGAGGGAGUCAACCCGAUGGCCAGGGAUGCCCCUUCAGAGCGCAGAGACCUGGCUUCCAGCUGGUGUUUCCAACGUCGAUCCUAACUGCCCUAUGCCCUGGAAAAGUAGCAAUAGCAGCUCCAUUUACCCGUAGUGCCCUUGGCUAGAGGAGCCACCGGUGGGAAGGAAGAGUCCAUCCUCUGGUGUUAACGCCUUAAUGUCCCAGUCUUUAUUAUGAGUUACUUCAGGUCACUUUUGAAAAUAGGUGUGGUACAGUCCUUAGUAAAGGAAAGCUCAGGAGGGAAAGUGGACCAGCUGGAUACCCUGGGAGAACCUGCUGGCCUUGUUAAGGCAGCAAAGGGCCUCUUCAGCCCAAGAGAUGAAGCUAAGCUGCUUUCACCUGUGCCCCCUCCCUGAUGCCCCUGCUGAAAUCCCAGGCUUGCAGAGGCCCAUCUCCUGCCUGUGAUUCCACCCUCUGUCUCCCUGAAGAUCAGCCUCCCAGGGCAUUUCCUCCUUGAAGGGGUCUGUCUGGCUUUAUCCAAUUGGCCCUCCCAGGGCCGACCCUCUUCCACUCCUUCCAGAGCUUGUGUUGUUGGAGGGACUGGCCCACCAGUGCUGGAGGGUCAGCUGAAGGGAAGGUCCUGGGUGAGUUUCCUUUACAAGGUUUCCAGCAUAUGGAUACCAGCCUUGCCUGGUGACAGGGGAGCGCCCACCUCCUGAGGCCCUGGUUCUGUAGUAGAAUGAUUCUAAUUGUUAGAAAUUCUUCCUUAUAAUGAUCAAAUUCUGCUUUCCUAUAAUUUCUACCUAUUGGGCCUUGUUCUGUUCUCUGGAUCUACACAGAAGAACCACUUACCCUCCUUUUCAGACUAGAGAAUAAAGAUUUGGUUUUAGAACUGG